CAUUGAUCUCCUCCGUCAUAGAAAAAUCACAGACGCAAUGGCGAAAACAGCAUUGUCGUCGGUUCUUCUGUUAACUAUAAUAAUAAUAACAACGGAGGCAGCACUGCCGGCCGGAUUCAACUCGGUCCAAGAUUUCGUGGACGCACACAACGAAGCCAGGACAGAGGUGGGCGUGGGGCCAAUUGCCUGGAAUUCGAGCCUGGCGAAAUCAUCGAGCCUUCUGGUUCGAUACCAAAGGGACAAGAUGGAGUGCAAUUUCGCCAACCUGGGCAGCAGUCGUUACGGGGGAAACCAGCUCCGGUCGGAAGGUCAGGUGGUGUCGGCGAGGGAGGCGGUGGAGGCUUGGGUGGAAGAGAAACAGUACUACAAUCACGCAAACAAUUCCUGCGCUAAAGGGCGGCAGUGCGGGACUUAUACGCAGGUGGUCUGGAACAAAUCGGUUGAGUUGGGUUGCGCUCAGACCACCUGCUCACAAGGUGUCAGUUUAACCAUUUGUUUUUACAAUCCUCCCGGAAAUGUCGACGGAGAAACUCCCUAUUAAUCAUGUCGGUCGUCUCGAUCAAUAAAUUAAUAAUAAUAAUAAUAAUAAUAAUAAUAAUAAGGAUCUGUUUCUUUUGA